GGGAAUGCAAAUUUGCAUACCGCAAUACAGAUUUGAAACGCUGUUUCUGCGUUGGAAGAAACGAAGUCAUGAAGAACAGAAGCAGUGGUAGAAAGGUCUCUGCCAAAUGGAUUCCCUUCAUCUGCCUCACCUUCUUCUUCAUCGGCAUGCUCUUUACCAACAGAUUGUGGGACCCCCCUGAAUCGGAGGGCCUGCUGGCUUCGCGACGCCGGCGUGAGCAGGAGCUGCAGAUCGUUUCUGAGGAUUGCAACACCGAGAAGAAGAAGAAAGGCCAGGAUAAGGAUGUAAUGAAGGAGGUUUACAGUACCCACAAAGCAAUUCAGCCUUUCAGAUCACUAGACAAGUCAAUUUCAACGCUUCAGAUGGAGCUGGCGGCAAGUCGGAGUUCUCAUGAGAUGAGGAGGGUUGAGGAUUCAACUCCCCUGUUAGACUCGUCUCAUGAGGCCUCACCAAGACAGAAAGCUUUCAUAGUUAUAGGAAUAAAUACUGCUUUUAGUAGUAGGAAGAGGCGUGAUUCAGUUAGACAGUCUUGGAUGCCUCAAGGGGAGAAGCUUCUUCAGUUGGAACGAGAGAAAGGAAUUAUCAUCCGGUUCAUGAUUGGGCAUAGUGCAACGUCUAAUAGCAUCUUAGAUAGAGCUAUAGAUUCAGAAGAUGCUCAGCAUAAGGACUUCCUCAGGCUGGAGCAUGUUGAGGGGUACCAUGAAUUGUCUGCAAAAACCAAAACAUUUUUUGCCACAGCAGUUGCCAAAUGGGAUGCUGAUUUCUAUGUCAAAGUGGAUGAUGAUGUCCACGUCAAUUUGGGCAUGUUAGCUGCAACUCUUGCCCGUCAUCGGUCAAAGCCCAGAGUAUAUAUUGGGUGUAUGAAAUCUGGGCCUGUUCUUUCUCAAAAGACUGUAAAGUACCAUGAACCAGAAUACUGGAAAUUUGGAGAAGAGGGGAACAAAUACUUCAGGCAUGCAACUGGACAGAUUUAUGCCAUCUCGAAGGAUUUGGCCACAUACAUCUCAAUUAAUCAGCCCAUAUUGCACAAGUUUGCCAAUGAAGACGUAUCACUCGGCUCAUGGUUCAUUGGUCUAGAAGUUGAGCACAUUGAUGACCGCAAUAUGUGCUGUGGGACUCCGCCAGAUUGUGAAUGGAAGGCACAGGCUGGUAAUGUAUGCAUUGCAUCAUUUGAUUGGAGCUGUAGUGGAAUCUGCAAAUCUGUGGAGAAAAUGAAAUUUGUCCAUGAAAGAUGUGGUGAAGGAGAUGCAGCUGUCUGGAGUGCUCUAUUCUAAAAUAGUCCUAGCGGGAGGGCGACUGAUUUUCUGGCAAAACCGGUAAAGACUGUAACCAUACCAUUCAUGCUCAGCCAACCGAACCAGGCAGCUUGCCAAGCUGAGAUAGCUAGCUAGCUCAGUUCAGACGCGUGAAGUGAGCUUUCCAAGUUGACAAAGAAGAAGUGCAGUGAUUUUUUACCACAUUUUGCAGCCGUUGCUUAUGGAUUAGAAAUCAUAUCUGUGUAUUUUUUUAAUUAUAUAUGUGGAGAAGAGUAUUUAUGCAGAGCUGAGAUAGGAAUUGUAAUUCUUUGAGAACUGCACACCUUGCUGGGAGCUUGGAGAUGCAAUGCGCAGAUAUAUGGUAGCUGGGAAUUUGUUUAGUUCACAGAAGUUGUAUCCUUGCAGUAUUCAAAGCCAAAGGUACUUGUUUUUUUUUUUUUUUUGUAAUGGAAGUUUCAGUCACAGACUACAGUUGUUCACACUAUCUGUGAUCUCUCGUCUUUGUUGUUGGUUAGCCUAAUUGAACAAUGCAUUUUCAGGUUCACAAAAAUUGUUCUAUUUUAA